AUGAACAUGCAUGGUGCGAGAUCCAUGGAGUUUCAGGCGGCCGGAAUUUCCCCGGGCCAAGACCCAUACAUGCAUCAAUAUGUCCCAAAUCCAGAGAUACCGGUGCAAGGUCAAGAACAUGUUCUAUCACAACCGAAUGAACUAUCUGAACCACCCGCGAAGCGGCUACGGAUCACGCAUAAGGCUUACGAAACAGCUUCGGCCUCAUUCGCCGUGGGAGAUCUAGGACACAGUGAUCCCAGGUCACAGACUUUCAUGUCUGAUGGAUCACACAUGGUUAGUUCAGCGGAUAAUUUAUAUGCCGCUGGUAGCAGCAGUACCCCGAAUGAAUCGACGACCUCAACCGACUUAACAUCUUCAUUUGAACCAAAGACGUCGACAUCGCCUGCUCCAAACCCUCUACAGUCUCUUCCCUCACAAUCAGUUGCUUUUGGACCGAAUGUGCUCGACAGCGGAAAAGUUGAUUUAUCUAAAUGUCGACCUCGGUCAUCCAUCCCAUCUAAAAUCCACCCAUCAGUCUAUGGCGAGCAGUGUGUUAAAGCGGCGUAUGCCUCCAGGUUGAAUCCAUAUGCUCUCCACCGACAAGAACAAGAGUUCUUGCAAGAUCAUCUUUGCCACGUUCACGUCACAAUCUACCUCAAUAUCCGAAAUGGAAUACUGCUACUCUGGGGAAGAAAUCCUAUGGUUGCUGUCACCAGGGAAGAAGCACUAGGAUGUGCUAAAGAUUAUCGAUGGAUGAAUUUGGCUUCUUUUGCUUAUGACUGGCUUGCGCGGAAUGGCUACAUCAAUCACGGCUGCAUGGAGGCUCCAUUGGCUCCAGUGAAACCGAAACGCGGAAGACGCAAGGACGGACCUACAAUCGUUGUAAUUGGUGCUGGCAUGGCCGGUCUGGGAUGUGCACGUCAAUUAGAGGGUCUUUUCCGCCAGUAUCGUGACUCGAAUACCUUGCCUCGGGUAAUUGUCCUUGAGGGACGCCGAAGGGUUGGCGGACGCAUUUACUCACACCCACUAACCAGUCUCAAAUCGGGAAACCUACCUAAUGGACUUGUCCCUAAGGCAGAGAUGGGUGCUCAGAUUAUUGUCGGCUUCGAUCAUGGUAACCCGCUAGACCAGAUAGUUCGUGGCCAGCUGGCACUACACUACCACAAGAUACGCGAUGUUUCGACGAUUUAUGAUAUUGACGGAUCACCUGUCAACGAAGUGCAGGAUGCGAUGGCCGAAAAGCUCUACAAUGAUGUCCUUGAUCGAACCGGAUUCUAUCGUCACAAAGCACAAAUUGUGCCAACUGCGGAGGGCAAUCGCGAAAUGAUCGAUGCCGGCCGUGAAUCGGUGGUAGAUGAUGGGCUUACUGUCCGACAGUAUGAAGAGGCAAGAGCAGCUGGAACUAUCGAUUUAUUGGUCCCCACCAAGAGAGUUCGACGAGGAAUAAAGCACAAGACCGCAGAGAAUGAACCAUCCGUCCAGGUGGCGAGUGAUCUAGUGGGUAAUUCUGACGACGAUCCGGCAGCCUUGACUUGCCAAAAUACCGGAUGGAAGCUCAAUCCCGGUUACUCGGUGAACGAUACCAUUGAGUUGGACCAUAUUGCCAAAGCAUCUCAGGCGCAGACACUCGGUGCAGUUAUGGACGACGGUAUCAAACAAUACCAACGGAUGCUUCCAGUGACGGCUAAAGAUAUGCGGUUGAUGAACUGGCAUUUCGCUAACCUCGAGUACGCCAAUGCGACUAAUAUCAACAAACUGAGCUUACCGGGAUGGGACCAAGACAUCGGAAACGAGUUCGAGGGUGAACAUUCCCAGGUUAUUGGUGGUUACCAACAGUUGCCAUACGGGCUGUACAUGCUUCCAGAAAAGCUUGAUGUCCGCACUGGCAAGAUCGUGACUAAUAUUUCUUACGAUACAACUGGCAAGAAACAGAAGGCAGUGAUCCAGUGCGAGGACGGAGACAAGGUUCUAGCCGAUCAUGUUGUGUUCACCGGCUCCCUUGGAGUCCUGAAGCAACAGAAAAUCAAUUUCGAGCCUCCUCUUCCUGACUGGAAGCGUGGCGCAAUUGAUAGACUAGGGUUUGGAAUAAUGAACAAGGUUGUGUUGGUGUUCCAAGAGCCAUUUUGGGACACCCAGCGUGACAUGUUUGGCUUGCUCCGUGAGCCGAAGAACCCUGCCACCAUGAUACAAGAAGAAUAUGCGGCGAACCGCGGCCGUUUCUAUCUGUUUUGGAAUGUCAUGAAGACAACCGGGCUUCCAUGCCUGAUCGCCCUCAUGGCUGGCGAUGCAGCCCAUCAAGCAGAAAACACCCCCGACGAAGAGAUAAUCACAGAAGUCACUGGCCAACUCCGAAAUGUCUUCAAACACACUACAAUCCCCGAUCCCCUCGAAACUAUUAUCACCCGCUGGGGCCAAGACCCAUUCACAUACGGCAGCUAUUCCUACGUAGCCGCAGCAGCCUUCCCAGACGACUACGACCUAAUGGCCCGAUCAAUCGGCAACCUUCACUUCGCCGGCGAAGCCACCUGCGGCACCCACCCAGCAACCGUCCACGGAGCAUACCUCUCAGGACUCCGUGCCGCAGCAGAAAUAAUCGAACCCGUCUCCGGGCCCAUAAUAAUGCCUCACCCACUAGUGCCCGAGAAAUCAAAAGCAACAAGAAGCAAAUCGACCACACCAAGCGGCUCAACCAGAAAACCCAGAAGAAGAGGCACCUCGUCCCUCUCUUCCACCGAACCCCCAUCCACUAACCCCAAGCCCGCCUCAACCUCCACCUCCCGCAAACCAAUGACAAACGAAAAAUCCCGCCGCGACGCAUACGACCAAGCCCUGUGGACAACUAUCUACGGCGAACUCGGCGCCGCACCCCCUCGCCCCGCAAAAUCAGGCUUAAACCCCUUCCUCUUCUACCAAAAGGACUACUGGACCCUCUGCCGGGAACAAUGCGACGCAGCCCGUCGCGCAUCAUCCAACAACCCCAACGCCAAAGCUCCACGCGACGAUAUCCGCGCCGCGCUGGGCCAGAUGUGGCGCACGGCAACAGACACCACGAAACAGCCCUAUCUCGACAAAGUGGAAGAGAACCGUCGUGCCAACGCCGAGGCGUGGGAAAAGUGGAAAGUCGAUGUUGCCGAGUGGGAGCGCAAGACAUUCAUCGUUAAGGACCGCUGGUGUGCGGAGAAUCCGUUCGAUGGAUGGGUUGUGCCGGAUUAUCUGGCUGAAGGGGCGCCGGUGCCUGUGCUUGCUACUGCGUUUGCGAACGUGCCUGUGAAGACGGAGAAAUAA